CGCUCCGUCCAGCUACUCAACGUUCCCGAGCACGCAACCUACGCUGAUCUCGUUGCCGUGGUGCGAGGCGGCAUCCUGUUCGACCUCUCCAUCACUCGGCGUGCGGGAACCGCAACCAUCACCUUUGCAGAGGUAUCUUCGGCCGCAGCCUACUACGCCCACGUGCGGGACAAUGACCUCUACAUCAAAAGCAAGAGAGUCGAGAUCCGCUGGUCGGACCGCUUCCAGACCCUGCACGAGCACUUCACCAAGCGCAUCGCAAACGGCGCAACCCGCAACCUCGUCAUGCGCAAGUGCAACGCCAGCCACACAGAGGCCUCGAUCCGCAAGGACCUCGAGCACAUCCACAACCUCAGGGUCGUCGGCAUAAAUUUCGGCGACGGCAAUUGCCACAUUAGUACCAACUCGGUGCCGAGCGCUAUGUAUGCCCGCACCUGCAUGAUGAGUCGGCUCAAGUACAAGGGCUGCCGCAUCGAGUGGGACAUUGAUGAGUGCGCUCAGCCCCUGAGCCAGAUGCCCGUCAUGUCUCGUCGGCGUGCCCCUUUCCCCGUCACCCCCGUGGCCCGCCCCGUCCGCAAUACGAGCAACCGCUUCCAGCUUCUCGCUUCUGAAGCCACUUCCGAUGAAUGA